CCCACCUCAAGAAGCUCAAGCCUCAAUGCGUCCAAGGUAGUCGAGCUCGUUCCCAGCCACCCUACAGCAAUAGACCAGCCUUCCAUCCCGUCCAAGUCCAACGUCAGGCGUCUCCGUUUUCCCAUCUAAUCGACAUCACCAACAUCAUCCUCAAGUCAACAACAACAACGCGCGCACCCCUUUGUCGAUCGGUGCAAGAUACCUACUACUUGGACGCAAUUGUAUGAUACCUGCGACAUUGUUUACUACCGAGAUUCCCGACUGUUGCGACCACAAGUCCACCAAGAGCAGAACCCCGACCUAGGUUGAAAAUUGGGUGACUCGAGACUCGUCAGUCAGGUUCAGACGACACUCGGACACUUCACCACUCAAUCACAUCUGGCACACGACAGAUUCGAGUGAAUUGAAAGUCACGUUUCAAUCUCGGGGCGCUACCCCUCAUCACAUUCACGCGCCAUCAAUAUGGCCUCAACACCAUCACCCUCUAUCGAGCGACCCUCGACUCCUCCUGCCCCCAGAUUUGGCGCCUACCACGAUCAUUGGGAACCUUUUCAAAGACGCAAGUCCUCUCGCAUUUCAUCCCAACAAGCCACAUCGGCUGUUCGCACGCCCUCACCGCCCUGUGCAUCUACCAUGAAGACGGAGAAGCGAACAAACAAAGGGUCAGCGCGCAAGCCCGACCAGACUCUCCUCACACCAACCAAAACACCACGCAGGACCAAGACCAUGAAAGAGUUCAGCGGUCGAGUCCUUCCCUCUGUCGACGAGAGCGUCCUCAGUCGCACAGGCCGGACUUUUAAGAAGAUUUCUGGCUCAACACUGGAGAGCUUUGUCGCAGAGGAGCAGGAUCAGGACUUUGCUAUCUUCAGUGAUCCCCGCAAUGGUAUUCCCCAGAAGGACGAGGGCAGUCCCUUCUACAACCCGCCGCCUGCACCCAAGAGACCUGCACAUCUCAAGCGCAAAACAGUCAGAAUUCCUGGGGAAGGUUCCAAGUUGAUUGAUGAAGCUGUGCAUCGCGAAGAUGGCAUGGUUAUGAACUUCCGCGGAAAGACGUACUUUCAGCCGAUCACUAGAUCUGCCGCCGACGAUUCCAAUGAGAUUGAUGAACUCUCCCAAGGGGAUGGGUCGCUAUCACAUGUCAAGGCCAAGCCCUUCAAGCCGAGGCUGCUGUGGCCAAGCAAGAAGACUGAAGACAAGGACUUGAUAGACGAGGAAGAGGCUGCGACAGAUAUUGAGGAUGCGAACCUGCCAGAGUCUGACGACUUGCCUGCUAGCCCCGUCACGCCAGUUCGCAACAGGACCACAAAGGCGACACCAAACGCACCCAAAUUCCCUGUUUCACCGCCGGCAACGCAACGGACAACCCGCUCCACCGAGAAGCUCGCUCACCCAACACCGUCCCGAAGCAAGGCUGGGCGUUCUCAGCAGCCUGCACUCAACUACAACAAGUGGGGAUCCGUCGCUAAGACGCGCAAGACGGCGACGACGACGGGCAAGCGCGUAGCAGAUGAACCCCUCGGUCAGGAUCGCCCCAAACGAGCGCGAUCAUCGGAGGCGCAGACAUGAGAAUUCGAGUGCUUUGGAUUGAGAGAUGCACGGAUAUCAAUGGACAAUAGCGCUGGCACGGAUCUUUUUGGCGUUUGACAGCAAUCAUCGACACCUUCUUUGGUGGAGGAAGGCUGCCUCCCCUUUUGCUUAAUACUCUUGCGUCUUCGUCUCCUUGGUAUAGGUGCCUUGGAUCUUCUUGUUCAUUCUUCUCUCACAACAUGACUUGAUUGGAUGGACACAGAAAUGGCACAUCCUGGACGGAAGAGACUUUCUUGCAUCGCGACUCAGCUUAGGAUGGAUAUUGAGGGAAACUAGAUAGAUACCUUUGUGAUGAAUGUCAAAACAUUUCCAC